UGAGUGUUGUCCUUCUAUCACCUUCAGAACCUUGGUGCAGAAAGGAUCUACCCAAAUCGGCUACUGCGGUUAAGUUCUAGCCCCUGCUAACUUGGAGUUCAGUUCCGCCAACAACCAUGGCGCUCGAUUGGACGAUGCUGGAUGCAAGACAUCAACCUAUACCCUUACGUGAUGAGACCACCAUCAUGUCCAUAGAUCGUGAUUCCCAAGUGGAGUUUUCCUUGACCAUACCCGACGCGCCACCUUCGGGCACUGCUGUCACCGGGGGCAAUGGCGGGGUGAAGAAGAUGAAGGAGAGAGGGAGACUUUGGCUGACGAACCAGCGACUGAUCUUUACAACGCCCAAAGAGGGAAAGACCAAGCCGUCAUUCGAAUCGCUAUCGGUACCGCUGGACGCAGUCCUGUCCACCAAGUUCGAGCAACCUUACUUCGGUUCCAAUUACUUGGUGCUUGAUCUCAGGCCUUCGCCGGGUGGUGGGCUUACAGACGGCACGAACGUCGAGAUCAGGUUUUAUGACAGGGGGUUGUUUGAGUUCGUGAGCUUUUUGGAGAAGACGCGUGAAAGAGCCCUUUAUAUGAAGAGACAAACUGCCAUGGAAGACGACGAGAACUUGCCUGCAUAUACGUCAUCCAGUUCCGCACCUGGAGCUUCGAAUUCAUAUCCGGAUACCCCCCCUGGAUACGUCGCUUGAAAUCACCUCAUUCACCCAGCACAAGCAUAAUUCUUUGUAUCAACAACGUCGGACUUUUACGAUAGAUGUAUUCUGUACAGUAUUUCUACUGAAUUUCCAGUCUUGUCAUCCAUGCUACGUGUUAUAAUCAUUAAUGC